ACUUUGCCGGUCGCUAGGGACUCACCUCUUGUUCACCAAGCAACACUAAUAAUAUAGACCCUUCAUGGUUUAGGCACAAUAAGAUAUUCAUUUGAGGUUUAAUACUCAACGAGCUACGACUAGUAUAGAAAGAGAAGACAUUCGUAUAAAAUGGCGACUGAAAUCCCGUCCGAUAUUGACAUGGUCCAGCGAGAUCCGUCUGAUCUAAAUUCACACGUCAAGGUAAUGUUUGAAGAAGUUCUUGGAGAACCCGAUGGUUCCCAUAGCAUCGAUGGUGUUUGGAGAUGUGCUUUCAAAUGUUUCGAAGGAUCCAGAAAUCUGUGCUACCGUAUUCUCACUGCAAUCUGCGCCGUGCCUCUGGCGUUUUGCUGGGGUUGUGAGUUCGCUUUUCUCUCCUUCUACCACGUCUGGUGCGUGACACCCUACCUCAAAGCCUACAUCAUUAAUAUCAACUCCUGCAAGAUCAUGUACAGGGCUUGCUGUUCCGCUUGCUGUGACCCGUGCUUCGAAUCCGUUGGCAGAUGUUUGUCAGAUAUUCGUGUUACAUAUGUCAAUCAGUAACCUUCAUACCAACAUUUGUAUUUACAAGUUAUUCAGGGAAAAAUCGUCAAUAUUUUGCUACUAUAAAAAGCAACUACUAUAAACUUUGGUUUAUGAUACAGUAAUUGAAUUAACAAUUAUUGUAUCAUUAUGUGUGAUAAUAAUUUUGUUUUCCUAGAUUGUGUGUGACAAUAAGUCAUUUGCUGCGAUUAUGACUUGUACAAUAAUUAUGUAUUUCUUUUGAAAGUGUCUUAAUCAAAUAUGUAUAGUUCAUGAACUAUUUAUGACAUUAUUAGGUGAUUUACAUUCAUUAUCUCCAUGAAUUAUUCUCACAAUUAAAUCAUACACUAAGUAACAUGGAGACAUUAUUAUCGCGUGUGACUUAUUUGAAGAGACGAUAUCUUAGGAAUUAUAAAAAUGUGUGAAAUAAUUAUGAACUUCAUUAUGAUAGUAAAUGUGGAUUGUUUGAAUUCAUUUUGUUGUAUGGACGUUCUUCUAUAUUUUCGUUUAAUGUAUUGUGCGUUUUAGAAGGGUGUCAGUGCGUAUAUGUAUCAAACACUGCUACGGCAUAGAAGCUCUCCUCUGAAUUCAGUAAUGUGUCAGAUGAAAUUAAACCGUUUAUAUUUAAUUGUCGGUAAACUGCCAGCAGGAAGCCAGCUAAAUAAUGAUAUCAUUGUUCAGAAUAUAAUGGCUGGUGAAUCCCAUUAGGAAUAGGAGUUAUUUUUCCUAUAUAAAAUACCAUCUCUAUAUUUUGGAGUAAAACAGAAAAAAUAAAAUAACAAGAGAACAGAGUAUACGCGUGAUGGAGAGAUGGAGAUAUUGAGAUGUAUUUUGUGAGGUGAACCAUACAGGGAUGUUGGAUGCCAAAAUGUAGAUCACUUAUGUCAUUAGGCCUCUAAAGUUUACACUAACAUCUAGAAUCUUGUAGGCCUAGCUGCUGGCACUAAAUUACCAUUAAACAAAAUAAAUUCCAUGCAUCAUUAUUUCGGCAGAUAAUUUAUAUUUAUGCUACUGUACUGAUUAAUGUUAGAUAAGCAUUAAUGAGGUGAAAAAUAAUAACAUGUCAUUAAAAAUAUUUUAAAA